AUGGGAGGAAUACGUUCGCUUUGCCGGUCCAACUUGGGCAGCCACCAGGGAAUCGUCGGCGGGGAUGAAAGGGAAAGAAACGGGAGAAUCCUCUAUACUUUCCUGACGAAUCUCCGGCUGCUGCAAUCACGGUGGACACAGCGUGCUCCUCCACCAAUCUACCACUGGAGCUUGGUUGAAUUUUCUAAGGCUGAAGUCUCGGAACGUGAGAUAUCUGCGGUGACGAUGAAGAUUGCAUGUGAGGCCAAACUUGGUCAGCCUCCAGUCAAACUACGCAGGGAGAUCAGAGCUAGGGGAAGAAAGUCGGAAAAAAAUGACGGGACAAAAAAAUAG